ACUAGAUUCAUUAGUCAUCCAGUCUCUUAGAAGGAUUGAAAUUGGUGUUUCGAGUUCUGCCAAUCUCCUACGGGAGAAACGGCUUUCCUGCUAUCCAAAAAACACAUGCAACCUUUACACUUGUCCACGUUUUGUUGGCCCCCUUGACUUGGCUCUACCGAAUCAUUGCUGAUCGAUAAUUGCUGCAAAGUGUUAAGCUCCCUCACUCUUCCCACCAUGGUCAACCACAGCCGCCGUCGCCGCCCACUGCUCCCAAUCAUCGGUCUCCUGCUCUUACUCUUACUCUCAUCCAUCUCCGCAACACCAUCCCACCAGCAUCACCUGGAAAAAGAAGAAGAAGACUCACCUAUAACUCGGUUUCAAGGCUACCUCAGAAUUAACACAGUACACCCGAACCCCGAUUACGCCUCCGCCGUCUCCUUCCUCAAAUCCCAAGCUCUCUCCAUUGGCCUCCAAACUAAAACCCUGGAAUUUGCCCGAUCGAAACCACUUCUCCUCCUGACAUGGCCAGGCUCCGACCCCUCUCUCCCCUCCAUCCUCCUCAAUUCCCACCUCGACUCUGUCCCUGUCGAGCCAUCCAAGUGGCUCCACCCUCCUUUUUCGGCAUACCGCUCUCCCGAUGGAAAAAUCUUCGCCCGCGGCGCCCAAGACGAUAAAUGCAUAGCUAUGCAGUACCUCGAAGCAAUUCGGAACCUCAGAGCCCAGAACUUCCAACCCACUCGCACGAUUCACAUUUCCUACGUUCCCGAUGAGGAGAUUGGCGGGUUCGAUGGUGCAGCGAAGUUUGUUGCGUCGAAAGAGUUUGCGGAUUUGAAUGUGGGGUUUAUGUUAGAUGAAGGGCAGGCAUCGACGGGCGAUGAAUUUAGGGUUUUUUAUGCGGAUAGGUCGCCUUGGAAUUUGAUAAUUAAGGCUUUUGGGAUGCCUGGACACGGAUCAAGGUUGUAUGAUAAUAGCGCAAUGGAGAAUUUGAUGAAGAGUGUUGAGCUUAUCACUAAAUUCAGGGAAAGUCUUUUUGAUGUGGUUAAGGCUGGUAAGGCCGCAAAUUCAGAAGUUAUUUCAGUUAAUCCAGUGUAUUUGAAGGCUGGGAUUCCAUCCCCCACUGGAUUUGUGAUGAACAUGCAACCUUCCGAGGCGGAGGCUGGGUUUGAUCUUCGCAUGCCACCAACAGCAGACCCGGAUCUUGUGAAGAUAAGAAUUGCUGAAGAAUGGGCACCAGCUAUCAGAAAUAUGACGUACCAGAUAAUUGAGAAAGGACCCAUCAGAGACUACAUGGGGCGCCCUUUAAUGACACUGACCAAUGACUCCAACCCGUGGUGGUCUAUCUUCAAGCAAGCUAUAACUGAAGCAGGAGGAAAACUCGCAAAGCCUGAAAUCUUGUCUUCAACUACAGAUGCACGAUAUAUGAGACAGAUGGGCAUUCCCACUCUUGGUUUCUCCCCAAUGACAAAUACUCCUAUCUUGCUUCAUGACCAUAAUGAGUUCCUGAAAGAUACCAUUUAUUUGCGGGGAAUUAAGGUUUAUGAAUCUGUAAUUAGUUCUUUAAGUUCCUCUGUGAGAGCUUCUGCCUAAACAUUCUUCACCUCAGAAGUUUCAUUUUGGUGAUUCAUGGAGAGGGGCAAUAAUGACACACACACUUGGCAGGGGGUAACAUCACUUGCACUGGACUGUUUUCUGGUUGUUGUGAUUUUGCAGUCUCAUCCAUCGACUUCUAAUACCAAUCGCAGUGGCACCCUUAACUGAUACUUCACUGUACUCGCCAAAUGCCUAGUUUCCCCUCCCCUUAUCUUAUACUUUGUGACAUUUAAUAGUUUAUGUAAAAGUUAUAUUUGCAUCAUUAACGUUUAAUAUGUUUGCCAUUAGAGGACCAUAAUUUGAAGGUCACGAGCCUGCCUACUGAACACAUACACAUAACUGAAAAUUUGUAGUUUAUUGUAUGAUUUUUUUUCUU